AUGAACCUGUCGGGAAAACCAGAUAGUUUUGAAACCAAAUGCUUUCUUCUUGGGACCACGUCAUCCGAAUUUCAAAAUCUUCCGUCUGAUGAAAUCCCAGAAAAUUAUAAUGCCGUCAUAGUUAUUAACAUCAUUUUCAUUAUUCCUGCGAUAAUAUUCAACGCUGUUCCAAUCAUCACGAUUUGGAAGUCGUCUCAACUGAGAAGCAAGCCUUGCUAUUUCAUCGUUUUGAUCCUGUCCGUGAUUGACUUGGCAGUUGGUGUGUUGGGAAUUCCUCUUUUCGUCGCCGUUUUGAUAGUAAGUGUACUAAAUGGUGGAUCGAACUGCUUUCUUUCAUCCUUAGCGUUUAAAAUAGCAUCAUCACUAUUUGGAUUAUCAAGAUUCACGUUUAUUGCAAUGACGGCGGAAAGAUACAUUGCCAUCUUACAUCCCUACAAAUACACUACUCUAGUGACGAAGAAGAGGCUGCUGAUAUUCGUGUGUUCCACUUCUGCAAUUCAUAUUAUCUUCACUGCUUUUUCUGCCACUUUCGACGACAUUCUUGUGAUAAUAUACUCGGCCUUAGAAAGGUUACUCACCAUCGGCUCCAUCACGUUUGCAUACACGAGAAUAUGCUUGGUUGUCAGAAAGCUGGCUCGGUCGGUGAACCGACCACAAGAUCUUGCUUCAGUAGAAAACAGGACAAGAAGAAAAGCGUUUCUGCAAGAAAUCAAGCGAGCAAAAUCGUGUUUCAAAGUUGUUAUGUGCUCUUUCACCAUAGUGUUAUUUCCGUCAAUUGCUUUUCGGCUUUAUUAUCAGAGCAAAUUGAAGGAUGUAACAAUCUUUAUUUGGAUUGUAACGCUUGGAUACAGCGUCUCCAUUGUCGACUCUGUGAUAUUUUUUUGGACCAAGACCAUGUUGAGAAAGGAGGCAGUGAAGAAGCUGAAAACAAUGCGAUAA